AUGCCAAACGCAACGACGAUAUCCGAGGCUGCUGCAAGCAAUCCCUCUCCGCAGACCCUAAACCUAGCAGACCGUACCGCGGCCCGUCGACAGCGCGCCAACUCUGCUCAAUCCUCCGACUCCGACCCAACCUCCUCUUCAGGCUCUUCUUCAGGGGAUGAUAGCGAGAGCGAAAGGGAAGACGAAGAACAUUCUGAUCAAGAAAUGAAUGGUACCACAGAGUCGACCACCCACGCGCAUACCUCUGAUCCAUCCUCCUCACUACCUCACAUCGCCGGCCGCCCGAAACCGCGCAUACAUCGCAUUAAAGGCGAUUCGGGACUUUUGUCGCGGCUCAACGCUUUCUUGCCAAAGAUGAAGGAUGCAAAUGAUGAUUUGAAGAGGCAGAUUGAAGCUGGGGAGGCUGGGGAUCUGGUUCUUGAUAAUGCCGACGAGAAUGGGGAGCAGUAUAUUGAGAUGGAUCUCGGUCUUGGGGUUUUGGAAGAGAAGCGCGAUGAUGAUUCUUCGAGUGAUGAGGAGAGUGAUGACGAAGGGUCUGAGGGUGCCACUGGGGCUGGGAAAGCCCCUCAGGAGAUGAAUGACUCGGAUAUCAUUGGGAAGCUUAUGGGAGGCAAGGGUAAGAAGUCGAAUACGGAUAAGCCAUCUAUCGAGGAGAUGGCAUAG